AUGCCCCUCCAUGGCCGCCGCCGCCAUCCCCCCGAUGACCCUCCUCCUCCGUCACCGCCUGAAUCCCCUCCACUGUCCCCACCAUCAUCUGAGCUCAGUCGCCCCAAAAUCCAGGUCCUGAUCCGAUCCUUCUGGUCGGAGAAUCUGGACCACGAGUUUUUCCUGAUCCGCGGCCUCGUCGAUCAAUUCCCCUUUGUCUCCAUGGAUAUCGAGUUCCCCGGCGCCGUCAUCCGCCACUACCAGCACUACUCCGACCCCGGCGAUCUCUACCAGACCCUCGAGUACAACGUCGACGCGCCCAAGCUGACCCAGUUCGACAUCUCGAGCGACGACCACGCGCCAAAUUCCAUCGACCUCCUCUGCAACCAGGGCAUCGAUUUCGAGCACACCCGCAAGUUCGGUGUGGCUGCCGCUAGGUUUGCCAAGCUCAUGGUGUCCUACGUCCUCGUCUGCAACAAUGACGUCACCUACAUUACCUUUCACAGUGGCUACGACUGGGUACCUCAUCAAGACCAUCACUUGGAAGGCUCUCCCUGGAAGCCUCAAGGAUUUUCUGAACAUGUUGAGGGUAUUCUGUGGGGACCUGUGCUGUCGGGAGGAGACGUGUUCUCGACUAGGGUUUAUUUCAACGGCGAGGAGUGCUCAUUGCCAGAUAUAAUUCCGCGUGGGGUGGCUGUGUGGGGCCGUCGGUCUUGGUGCAGUUGGUUGUGGGUGUAUUGGUUUGUGUUUUCAUGCGGCAAUAGUGAACCGGAGUGA